AUGAACAAAGCAAACAAAAAUUCCAAUAAACCUUUUAAAACUCCUAACUCUUCAGGGGGGCGUUCAAGCCUUAUAAGGCAAGCGCCUAUUAACAACCAACCGUCUAGAGCUUCUGCUCAGGCGGUUCGUACAAGCAAUGCUCCAUCAUUGAACACCUUGGCAACUGUGUCAGGUGGUAAUGCUGCCUCCUGCUCUUCUGCUAGUGCUGCGGUCAAAGCUAAUGCGCCAACCGCACCAUCUGCAAUUAGUGCCAACUCAACUUCUGGUACACGCUCCCACCCUAACCCCUCGACAAGGGCGUAUAGGGCGCGAAGGUCAGCAUACCGCAUUCUCUCUAGGCUCAAUGCCGCGGAUCCUUCUUCGCUCUCAGAGAGCGAUAAGGCAUCACUAAAGUGGGCAAGGGAAAAUGUCAAUUUCCGGCCCUCCGGCAUCGCUUCUACCUCUGCACCUGCUCAGAAACGACAAAGGUCGAUUGAGCAGGCUGGGAAAUCAAUUUCGACUAGCGCUCCUAAGCGCCCCAAAUUUGGUCCUCCGAGACCCCCAUCGCUGUCUAAACCUCUCAGCGAAAUAGUUAAAGAGAGCCUGACCUGGGCCAUCAUCGAUGCUGGCAACAGUGAUGGCACCAUCUCUCCAGCAAACUGGAAGAAAGUCGAACGGGCUCUCCUCAAAAUAUAUAUGGAAAUCAUUGCCCUCAACCCUGGGCCAUCUCCCAGCUGUAAAGACGCUGGAUGGUACCAGGGUCAUAUUAAAAUUAUUGCCUGCUCAGAUCAGCGCUCCGCGGAUCUUUACAAGCAGGCGAUCGAGAAGGUUGGGGAACUCUGGCCCGGCGCACAGCUCAGAGCUGUUUCGGUGGAAAAUAUCCCACAACGCCCCCGCUCCAAAGUGUGGCUUCCUUCGGAGCUUACUUCCCCUGAGGAAAUUCUUUCCCUUUUAAGGGCCAGUAACACUGACCUCCCCACGCAUAACUGGAAAGUUGCGAAGGUCAGUGACCCCAAGGGCGACUUUGUCGAAGCCGUCGUAGUCCUCAACGAAGAAUCUUUGGCACCCCUUCAAGCCCGAAAUGGGGUGAUUCAUUAUGUCUUCGGUUCGGUCACUCUACGUGUUUACAAAAGUGACUCUCAAGCCGCUAAGCAACAACCUUCUGGGGGGGCACCUUCGGAAACGAUCUCCGAUGACGGAAUCGGUUCCAUCCCAGUUCCAAUCAACCCCGAUGUAGGAACUUCCGAUUUAAUCGGCACUCCUUCCUCCGAAGACGGAGGUAGCGUAAUCUCGUCUUCCGAACUGGUCGGCGAGUUCUUUACAGGUAUGGCGCUUUCCCGGGAGACCUCACCGAUGUCGGAUGAGGAUGAACUGGACAGUACCAUAGUUGAAAAACAACUAAGCUGUUGAAGGUCGUCCAAAUUAAGCUCCAACACUCCAAAACUGCUUCGGCAGCCCUUACCCUCCGCCUAGCUGAAAAAGGAGAGGACAUAAUGCUGAUCCAAGAACCUUGGAUUGUAAACAAUCGGGUUUGUGGACUGAAUACAAACGGCUAUCGGUUAGUAUUCACAGAAGGUCAAGGUUCAGUGACAAUGACAAUGUAGCCAUGGCCAUCGAAUACGACUCCAAGGCCCUUUGGAUUGUCUCAGCAUAUAUGGCACACGAUCACGGUGCCACUCCGCCACAGGACUCCCUCAAGCUUCUGGUGUCAGAGGCAAAUAACAGGAGGAUCCCGGUGAUCAUAGGAGCUGAC